AUGAAGCUCGACACGAAAGCUCUGCGAUACCUUAAUCCUUCAGACUGGCGAGUCCUCACUGCUGUGGAAACUGGCAGUCGCAAUCACGAAGUCGUUCCUACCACACUGAUUGCGUCUCUCUCUAAAACUUCUGUGGGCGACGUGCAACGAAGCAUCUCGCUUCUCGCAAAGGCCAACCUGAUAUCAAAAGUUAAAAAUGCAAAAUACGAUGGUUACCGGCUGACAUACGGUGGCCUCGACUAUCUGGCCCUGCACUCUUUGCAGAAAGGUAACGCAGUCUACAGCGUGGGCAACCAGAUUGGCGUAGGAAAAGAGAGUGACAUCUUCGUGGUGAGUGACGACAAAGGCGAGCAGCGGGUACUCAAAAUCCACCGGCUGGGGCGGGUCAGUUUCAAGAAAGGGGUGCGCAACAAGCGUGACUAUGCUCGAACCAAGACACAGAAAGAGCGCGGCGCAGGCAGUUGGAUGUACAUGAGUCGGUUGGCAGCAGUCAAGGAGCACGCUUUCAUGUCUGCUUUACACGAAGCAGGUGUAAGCGUCCCCUCGCCGCUCGGUCAGAACAGACAUCACAUUGUGAUGAGCCUGAUCGACGGUUUCCCCUUGCGUCAGAUCGAUAGCGUCCCGGACCCGGCGGGGCUGUAUGCUGAGCUGAUCGAGAUGUUGGUCAGUUUAGCGAUACUAGGUCUGAUUCACGGCGACUUCAACGAGUUCAACAUUAUGAUCAGGGAAGAGCAGGACAGCCCAGACGCUAAGGAGGUGAAACUUGUGCCAGUUCUCAUCGACUUCCCGCAGAUGGUCAGUGUUGAUCACGUCAACGCGGAGAUGUACUUCGAUCGCGAUGUUCAGUGCGUCAAACGAUUCUUCGAGCGGCGUUUCGGCUUCGUGAGCGAAGAGCCUGGGCCAUUCUUCAGCGAGAUCAAGAAAAAGGUCGGCAGCGAUAACACUAGGCGACUAGACAUACAAGUGGAGGCGUCAGGGUUCUCGAGGAAAAUGGCGAAAGAGCUGGAGGCAUACAUGCACGAGCAUGGUGUCGAUGGAGAUACCAAGGACGGCGACGAAGAAUCGAGGGGUUCGAGCGCGGAGGACAGCGACCCUCCUAGCGAAACCGAAGUGAACAGCCGACCUGAAGCGGGGGAUGUCGCGCCUUGA